UGCCUGCAGUUCCUCGAGUGGAGACGCUAGAAGCGCACGUGAAAUCUCGCCAUACCCGCACAAUGCACGCCAAAUGACCGUCCGUGAGCCGGGUCAGAGGGUUCAGCCGCCGCCAUGAACGACAAAUACCACCGGGCGGCUCGAGACGGUCACCUGCACCUGCUGAAAGAGGCGACGCGCAAAGAUCUGAACGCACCGGAUGAGGAUGGAAUGACGCCGACGCUCUGGGCCGCGCACCACGGCAACCUGGACGCACUCAGACUGGUGAUGGCACGAGGAGGAGAUCCAGAUAAAUGUGAUAUUUGGGGAAACACUCCUCUUCACCUGGCAGCAGCUAAUGGCCAUCUCAACUGUCUGUCCUUUCUGGUGUCAUUUGGCACCAAUGUGUGGUGCUUGGACAAUGACUACCACACACCACUGGACAUGGCAGCCUCUAGGAGCCACAUGGACUGUGUGCGAUAUCUGGACACUAUCGCCGCCAAACAGAUCACCAUCAAUCCCAGACUGGUGAGCAAAUUAAAGGACCGUGCCUUCCGUAAUGCAGAAAAACGCAUUAAGGACUGUGAAAAGCUUCAGCGCAGGCAUCACGAACGCAUGGAGAAGCAUUUCUUGAGAGAGAGUGCUGCAAUGGACACGUCAGAUACAAUGAGUUACAGCAGUUUCAGCAGCACCCUGAGUCAAAGGCUCCCUCAGUUCAACACCCUCGACUCCAACAUGACAUACUCACAGGCAACGCUUCAGUCCACAACUAGAGGCCGGACCAAGAUUCAGCGGCGUCUUGAGAAGAAGAAGCAAGGUGAUGGAACAUUCAAGAUAUCCGAAGAUGGGCGCAGGAGUGUUCGCUCGCUCUCUGGUCUUCAGCUGGGCAAUGAUGUCAUGUUCUUGAAGCAGGGUACGUAUGUCGACCGACGACAGCAGUCCAGCCCUCGGCUCAACAUCCGUAACAUGUUUUCUGGUAAACAGGACAUCAGGCCAGAUGAUGAUGACGAUGAGGUAGACACUGUUUCCCGGGCUCUCAGUGAUCCAGGUCUGUAUGAUGCUGCAUACUCCGAAAUAAGUACAGACUCGGGUCGGGACUCAUUGUUCAACCGCCCAGGACUCGGUACCAUGGUAUUCCGUCGGAAUUAUGUGACUGAUGGGUUGUUCCGAAUGGGACGGAAUGAGGGCAGUGUGGUGGGGAGUGAACCAGUGGGACGGGUCCCGAAUGUCCGCUUACGGGGGAGAUUGCCGCUGCGAUCACCCAGUCUUGAUGAAGGCAGCAUAGGCAGCUCAUUGAGUCUCCAAGAGAAGAACUUGCAGGAUUUGCCAUGGGAGGAAGGAGACCUGGGUUUGGAGGAGGAGGAUGACGAGCUUCAGCCAUCGUCAGGUCCUUUAGAAGUAUUCCUGGCAUCUCAGGGACUGAGUGACUUCCUUUCCAUUUUCCAUAGAGAGCAGAUGGACCUGGAGGCGUUGCUGUUGUGCUCUGAGCAAGACCUCAUUAGCAUCCAUAUCCCACUUGGACCUCGCAAAAAACUACUUGAUGCAUGCAGUAGACGCAACAAUGUUCUGGACGAUGCUGAUGGCAUGCAGGACACUGUGCUGUAGAGUGUAUGUAUGUCUGUUAUUGACUGUUCCAAAACCUAGUGUACUUUAUUUGCUGCCUGCAUUAAGGCAGCAUCCUAGAUGAACUGUAUCCUUGUGUCUACAUAGGCAGCAACUCAACAUGCCACACAGAUAGCACUUCAUGCAAAGUGCAUGGGAUACUUGUCCAUUUCUUCCAUGUAUUGGACAAGUCUUCCAG